AUGCCACCUUCAAGAUCAACUGCACAAAAGAGAUUGCUCAAAGAAUAUCAGCAAUUAAUUAAAGAUUCACCACCUGGUAUUUUAGCUGGUCCAAUUUCAGAAGAUAAUUUGUUUACUUGGGAAUGCUUAUUAGAAGGUCCAAUAGAUACGCCAUAUGAAAAUGGUAUAUUUCCUGCAAUUUUGACGUUUCCAAAAGAUUAUCCGUUAUCUCCACCAAGUUUAAAAUUUGAUCCUCCUUUAUUACAUCCUAAUAUUUAUUCUGAUGGAAAUGUAUGUAUACUGAUUUUACAUCCACCAGGUGAAGAUCCAAAUCAAUAUGAAAGACCAGAAGAAAGAUGGUCUCCAGUACAAAGUAUUGAAAAAAUAUUAUUAUCGAUUAUUUCAAUGCUUGCUGAACCUAAUCCUGAAAGUGGUGCGAAUAUAGAUGCAUGUAAAUUAUGGAGGGACAAUAGAGAGGAAUACGAUAAUAAAAUAAGACAACAUGUAAAAAAAUCAUUGGGAUUAUAG